CUGCGGCAGUGGCCAGUAGUGCGCCGGCACUCGAUGCCAGAUCACGACAAGUACCAGUUGCGGCCGCGGGCAGCGCGUGCCCGCGAGCCCCGCGCCCGCCGUCCGCCACAACCCCUCAGCAAGUACCGCAGGAAGACCGCCAAUGCAAGAGAACGGAGUCGAAUGCGGGAGAUCAACCGCGCCUUUGAAACUCUACGGCAAGCGGUGCCGGCUGCAGCCAUCACCGGCGCCCCGGUGCCUUGCGAGAAGCUUACCAAGAUCACCACAUUGAGGCUCGCAAUGCGGUACAUCACCGCACUAUCUUCCGCUCUCAGAGACUCCAGUCCGGACAGCGAGAGUGAAACCAGACUGGAGUGUUGGCCUUCGGACUCGAGUACGGAUCGUGAGGCGGAGACCAGACCGGAUCGCUGGCCGUCACCUCUCUGCUCGGACCUUUCCGAGUUCUCCACAGGGCAGGAGACGCCUUCAGAGUUCGCGGAGGACUCGCUUUCGCCCUUCGACACCUUCUUUGCGGAGUUCGACUAUGUGGACGUGGACAGAACUUUCGCGUGACAGUGCCGUGUUGUGCCGGACUUGCUAGGUACCCAUACAGUACGUUUGCCAUAAUAUUAUUAAUUAACUUUAUUUCAUAGUC